AUGAAGAUAUAUUACUCUCUUCUGCAAUUUAUAUUUUACAUUGCAUAGUCUUAAGAAUCAUGGAAAACUAUUUAUUAGGAAUUUACAGGUUCAAAUUGGGAUGCUUCAAGUAAUUUAACUUUUAAUUAGGAUGGUACAUCUCUACUUCCUACGCUCGUCCAUUUAGCCAGUGCGGAAAUUAGAAGCUAUUUGGAGGAGAUUCAGUUUUCGGUAUUGAUACAUUAAUUUCUACACAAUUUGCUCUUCCUCCUCAUUAUUAAUUACGAAUAUCAUUAGAUUUAUGGAAGUACUAAAUAUGUUAUUGUUUUGAGUUGAUAGUUGGGAUGGCGAGAUAUUGAAAAUGGUAUUUGAUAGUGAAAUUAGGUAAAGGUCAUUUAUUUUAACUGAUGGAUAAUAAAUUUGUGGCCGAAUAGACCCCAUUUUUUUAGAAUAUAAUACCCCUAUUGUAAUUACUGUAUCAUAUCACAAUUCCAAAUCUGUAGUUAUCAUAAUGACUUCAACUUUGGAUUAGUCUGAAAAAGAUGUAUUAUAAUUGUCUUAAUUUAGGAAUCAUGGGGAUUUUAAAAUUUAUAAAUUGAAAUUUUAGAAUGUCCUCCAGGAUGUGCAUUCUGCUCAGAUUCAACAUCAUAAUGUAAAUUUUGGAAAAAUGUUGAAUCCUAUUAGUUUGGCAAAUCUACAGAAGAAGGAUGGCUGAUUGAUGGGUCUUAACAAAUUACUUCAAGUUUUUGCAAUGGUGUAAGAAUAUUAGGUGGGAUUAAUAUUCUAUAAAAAGGAUAAGGAGUAGUCAACCUUAUGGAAUCUCUAGUUCCUCACUUUAAAGUUCAGAUAAUGGUCAAAAUAUGGGUAAUUGGAGAAUGGUAAAAUGAAGAAUUUGCUUUUGAGAUUGAUGGUUAACUAUACGAUGGAAUCACAAUUGUUUCUGACGAUUUUAUUUAUCCUAAUUGCUAAAAACAAAAAGUGAGAAUUCUUAACGUUGAUGUAAAUACAUUUCAUUCCUCUCCUUCUAUUAAAUUAUCAAUGAAAACUAGUAAAAAUAUCGAAGCUAUAGCACAUUGGGGAUUUUAAUCAACUGAGAUGUUUAUUGCUAUAUGCGCAAGUAGAUGUUAAACAUGCACAGGAGAAUUAGAUUCAUAAUGUGUUAUAUGCCUAGAACCAUGGAUAAAAAUAAAUAUUGGAUGCAUAGGUAUCUAUUAUAUUCUUUAAAUAAGCCCCUCCUUUAGAAUGCUCUUAAAUUCAAAUUAUUGAAUAAUAAAAUAAAUAAGUAGAUCUUAAGAACUCAUUUCAAAUAAACAUUGAUGAAUUGGCUUAAAAUUUGGGAGAGAUCGGUUAAAAAACAGUUACUAUAGAUAAACUUAUUUACUCUAUUAAUUUUUAGAUUUAAGUUAGAUGUUCAGAAUAAAAAAUAGUAUAAAGCUUUUUCAGAAGUUGUUAAUAAUGUUAUGAAGACUAAUAUAAACUUUCAAAUUAAUGUCCCAAUAAAAGCAACAUUUUAAGAUACAAUGCAAUAUUUCAUUAGGUUAUGGAAUAAGAAAAAGUAUUAAUAAUAACUAUUUCUGAAUCAAAAUUGUAAAUUCUUUAAGUAUUAUCAACUGAAGAAGAGUCAAUUCAAGUUUUAAUUUUGUAAAUUUAGAUUUGA